AUGAAUCGAGAGUUUAAUGAAAAAACAGUUUAUAAAGUAUUCAUUUAUCAAAAAAUGAAUAAUCAAUUCCCAAUUAAUAAAAUAUUCCAGAGAUUUAAUUACUUAAAACAAGAGAUUUCCAAACUGAGUCAAUCAUCUUUUAAAGAGUAAAUAUGA